AUGUCGAACAAUGCGGUCUAUGCUGUACCGCAGGUGAAAACCACCAAAACGUCUUCCAAGACAACCUUCCACUUCACCGCAGGCCUCUUCUCGGGCCUUACCUCUUCCAUCCUUCUUCAACCCGCUGAUCUUCUCAAAACCCGUGUACAACAAUCUCAGAACGCCUCCCUCCUUCCAACUGUCAAGGCCAUCCUUUCCUCCCCAAAUCCAAUCCGCAAUCUAUGGCGUGGUACACUCCCCUCUGCCCUUCGCACGGGCUUCGGCUCAGCGCUGUAUUUCACGAGCUUAAACGCCCUUCGAACGGGUCUCGUUCAAACAAACGGCAUUGCUCCCGUCACCAAUAGCUCCUCCGCACUCCCCAAACUGUCCAACACCGCCAAUCUAGCUACCGGGGCUGCCGCGCGGGUUGCUGCCGGCUUCGUCAUGAUGCCAGUGACUGUGAUAAAAGUUCGCUACGAAUCAGACUACUACGCCUAUCGGAGUCUCUUCGGCGCGGGGCGGGAUAUAGUGCGGACAGAGGGAUUCCGGGGCCUGUUCUCCGGAUUUGGAGCUACAGCGGCGCGUGAUGCGCCGUAUGCUGGACUAUACGUUUUGUUUUACGAGCAGUUGAAACGGCGGCUAGCAGGAUUAUCAAGCUCAUCGUCUGAUCAGCAGCCACUGAAGUCGUCCUCAAUUAAUUUCGUCUCUGGGGGAUUGGCGGCCGGGCUGGCCACUACCAUUACAAAUCCGUUUGAUGCGGUCAAGACCCGAUUGCAGUUGAUGCCGGGGCGGUAUGGAAACAUGAUGCGGGCCGUGAGGUUGAUGGUGCAGGAAGAUGGAGUAAGGAGUCUAUUUGGGGGGUUGGGGUUGCGGAUUACGAGGAAAGCGCUUAGUUCUGCGCUUGCGUGGACGGUUUACGAGGAGUUGAUCCUGAGGGCCGAAGUCCAGUGGGGAUCGAAGGGAGAAUAG